AUGAGCAACCUUACUUCUGUGUCCACUUUUCUGCUGCUCCAAUUCUCCGACGUUCGAGAGCUGCAGUUCCUCCAAAUCUUUGUUUUCCUCGCAAUGUACCUGAUGGCAGUAACAGGGAAUCUUCUCAUCAUCAUUGCAGUUGCCCUUGACCACCGCCUGCAUACCCCUAUGUACUUCUUCUUAUUCAAUUUGGCUAUGAUUGACCUUGGAACAAUUUCAGUGAUAGUACCAAAAUCUAUGGCUAUAUCGCUGAAGAAUGACAGAUCAAUUUCUUAUUCUGGGUGUGUUGCUCAAAUUCUGUUUUUCUUUUAUUUAUUGUUUGCAUCAUUGGAUCUAGCUGUGCUAACGGUAAUGGCAUAUGAUCGCUAUGUUGCAAUUUGCAACCCACUCCAAUAUGAGAGAAUUAUGCACAAGGGAGCCUGUCUUCAGAUGGUAGCCAUUGGGUGCAUGGCUAGUCUUUUGUAUGCUACAGUACACAGUGGUGGCACUUUUGCAAUUACCUUCUGUUCUAAUAUUGUCAACCAGUUUUUUUGUGACAUCCCACGGUUACUAAAACUCUCUUGCUCUCGCAUUUAUCUAGUGGAAGUUGGAUUUCUUGUAAUAAGUUUUGGUAUGGCAGUAGGAUGCUUUAUCUAUAUCACUGUAACAUACAGUCAAGUCUUUGCUACAGUGUAUAGAAUACCCUCUGUUCAUGGUCAGAAAAAAGCCCUCUCCACCUGCCUCCCCCACCUGACUGUUGUCUCCUUAUUGAUAUUCAGUUGUCUCUUUGCCUAUGCAAAACCUCCCACUGGUACAUCAUCUCAUCUAGAUAUAGCUUUUUCUGUGGUAUAUACUAUAAUUCCUCCCAUGCUGAAUCCAUUCAUCUAUAGUAUGAGAAACAAAGAGAUCAAGAGUGCCCUGUGGAAACUGUUCAACUUCACAAUUAUCUGUAUUGAUUAUGAAUCCCCAUAUCCAGAAAAAGGUGGUGCAGGGUACGAUAACUCUUCUGGUGAAUACAUUGCCACACCAGGGAUGAGGAAGGUACAGCUGAGGAUCAUUGUUCUAUAUGGCUCAGGUCCUGGCUAUUUAGUAUAUGAUAUUUCCUGGUAUGAGCCAGGCCAGGCUCUGAGUUUUGCUCAGUUUCACCACCAUCAUAAGCAUGGUUUGUGGGAAGGUUAUGAUGCCUUAGCAGUCACCUCCUCCAAGGGGAAGAAGAAAGGUCCCCCUGCUCCUCCGGUUGACCGUACUUUUGAUAAUUGGCUGGAGGGUUUCACCAUUUUCAGGGCUGUCAUUGCUAUGGCUUUCCCUGAGAGGGCUUGA